AUGGUAGAACUCUGCCACCUGAAACAUUCCUUCUCCGUCUCCCAAAUCUGCGGCCUGCUUGUAGCAUUCGAAUGCUUUUUCCAAGUCCUUUUCAGUGUCGAUGCCGAACUGGUACCUCCAACCAAGAAUGCAGAAUUCUUGACCGUUCAUAUUUCAAAAUAUGAUGAAAAGAGCACUAAUAUGAGGCAGUCCCAAGAACAAUCUUUAUCACCGCUGCCUCCAAUAACAGAUGAUACUUCUUCGACAACACAUAGUUCUGCUUCUAAUAGACAUUAUGAAUUUACUGGAACUUUUAAG